GGCAGGUUGGGGUGGUCUUUUUUUUGCACGGACGGGGAGCUCGCGCACGCAGCUGCGGUCCCACGCGCCUCACUCCAGCACGCACUCGGCGCCCACAGUGUCGCUCGGUCCGGCACGCGCGCGCUCCAGUCUCCUCCGUUCUCUUUCGCCGCGCGCGCGAGCACAAAUCAAGCAUUUGAGGCUUGAAGACACACCGAGAGACAGAGAGCGCGCGAUGAAUAUAAUGAUUUUUAUUUAACUAUUUUGAUUGCACCAUUCUGGAGAAAUAAAUGCAUGGCAUCAUCGGGACGUGAGCCGUCAAGACGGAUUGCAGCUUGAUUUCUUUUUAUUGCAUAUGGACAAAUCUUUCGUAUCUCUACAACCGGCUAUAAGGACACAGCCGAGACGUGGAGAGAUUGACCGCGAGCGUCAUAUUUGAGCCCCUCAUCUAUCUUCAUCCUCGUGCAACUCUGAAAGGCAGCCUUCCCCCCCUUCGCCGAUGGGCUCCGUCUCAGACUGCAUUGUCUAAAUGAAGUUCCCCCGCCAUGCAAUGUUCCUGGAAGGCUGUGAUUCUGCUCGGCCUGGCGUCCAUCGCCAUCCAGUACACAGCGAUCAGGACAUUUACGUCCGAGCCCUUUCAGAUCUGCCCUGUGCCGAGCUCAAUGAACUGCAGCCUGUCUCAGGAAGUGGAGCCGUUCGAUCGCUUUUGUGACGACUUCCCUUCUUACUUCUCGUACAACGGCUCCAGAGUGAAGACUCACAUCCUUAUUCUGGCCACGACGCGCAGCGGCUCGUCGUUCGCCGGCCAGCUCUUCAACCAGCAUUCGGACGUGUUCUAUUUAUUCGAGCCGCUCUAUCACGUCCAGAAUGCCCUGCUUCCUCACCUCACGCACAGCAGGUACACUGCGGAUCGCAGGGUGAUGCUCGGAGCGAGCCGUGACCUUCUGCGCAGCUUAUACCACUGCGACCUUUACUUUUUGGAAAGCUACAUUAAACCUCUGCCUGCAAAUCACACCACAGAUAAGCUUUUUCGGCGCGGAGCGAGCCGGGCGCUCUGUUUACCGCCUGUCUGCGACGCCUUCAACGUCAACGAGGCGAAUAUAGACGAGGGCGAGUGCGUGAGGAAGUGCACACUCCUUAACCUGACCCUGGCGGCCGAGUCUUGUCGAGAAAGGCGCCACGUGGCGAUCAAGACGGUGCGGAUCCCAGAAAUUGGUGAUCUCCGCGCUCUUGUAGAGGAUCCCCGGCUUAACCUGAAGGUUGUCCAGCUGGUUAGGGACCCACGAGGCAUCUUGGCAUCAAGGAUCGAGACUUUCCGAGACACCUAUCGCCUGUGGAGGAUCUGGAGGGCCACAGGGCGCAAACCAUACAACCUCGACUUGAGCCAGAUCACGACAGUAUGCGACGACGUCUUGCGUUCUAUCAGUACGGGCUCGGAGCAUCCGGCGUGGCUCCGCGGUCGCUACAUGCUAGUGCGUUAUGAAGAUUUAGCGCGCCAGCCCCUCCAAAAGACCCGUGAGAUCUACGACUUCCUUGGAUUGCCCAUGGAGAAAGGGGUGGAGGAAUGGAUUCGGAACAACACACGAGGAAGCAACGAGGGCUUGGCGAAACAUAAAUACGGCACUCUGAGGGACUCGGCUGCCAACGCAGAGAGCUGGAGGCUCAAACUCUCGCACGACAUCGUCGAUUACACGCAGACGGUGUGUCAGCAGGUUUUAGAGGAGCUUGGCUACAGAGCUGCGAACUCGCCCGAGGAGCUCAAGAACUUGUCCCUUUCACUGAUUGAGGACAAGACCUUUGCACCCUUUUUGUAGCGAGCGAUCAGGCCGUACAACUAUUUUUCUACACUACAGCUGUUGCCUUAAUCCGACAUGUUUUGCACUAAGAACUUGGGAAAUGGCUCCAACUCACCCAAACAGCACAAGAACAAACCAACCAACCAAAAUAUUCACUUCAGCCUGGAGCAGACUUGAGGAUGAGAAUGAAUGAUGUAUUCCUGUAUUCCAACCCAUUGCUUUUGAUAAAGGUGGAUGUUUGUGGUGGAGAAAAUCCGCAAUACAUCCGUGUGCUAAAUAGAAGUCUGAAAUGGUAACACCAUGCAAUAAACCUGUGAAUGUCGCAGUCUCAUUUUC